AUGCACAGCAACAGGCUCGACCUCUUCAAGAAGCUCGUGCAGAAUGUCGGCUGGGACAAAGACACCGCGAACAUCUUCCCGCCGGGCACGACAGUGGCGGCGUCUGGGCAGCUCAACGAAGGCCUGCGGCUGCUUGUGUACAAGGAGUUGGAGAAGAUGAAGGAAGACAUCGACAAGACGCAUGCUGAGUACGCCGUUGCGAAAAACGACAAGGGUGAUGUGCUCCGCGUUGUGAACGCGUUGGAUUUCGUCGACAAGAAGAGCGUCGUGCUGGAGUCGUUUGCGAUGUGGCUACCCCAUGGAAAAACAAUGCCCCCGCUCUGUGUAGGUAGUGAGCUUGGGGACUCUGCAAAACAGAUGACGCAGAAGCUUUUCAAGCUCCUGCUUUUCUUGGCGAUAAAUUUGUUGCUGUAUUGUAAGGAAGUGCAAGUUACUUGUAUUUAGCGUUUAGCUUUAUUAGGUUUCGCAAUGGCACCGACCAGUUACAUCCAAAGCGUUGGACGCGGGUUCCAUGGAGCACCUUUUGGUAUUUCAGAUUCUGUAAACAGGAUAGUAAGGACCCUACAAUCCUGUUUGCAGCACCACUAGUGCUGGGGAUAUGCAUUUGUAGAUGUACUUGCAGAUGGAGAUGCAAAUCUGGGGUGGGGGCGUUUUUGCUCAGGAUAUUGGCAGGCGCAGUGUCUUGUCCAGCUCUUCAAGCAGGACGAGGUUGCGAAGAAAGCCGGCGGUGAUCAGGCGACCAAGUUCAUGAACGACGUCGCGCAACUCGAGCAAGUAGUCCAGGAAAUGACCCGCAAUUUCGAGAAGCCGCAGGAGAAGAUGCAGCAGUUGCAGCUGUUGCGGGAUGAGGUGACCGCCGGGAUCCAGACGUUCCUCUGCAACGACCCGAAGAUGGUUACCACCAUCGCCGAGCGGCGGCCGUUAUUGCACCACUCCCCCCAUGUAUGAAUUGCAAAUGUGUCUGGAUCUGGAAGAGUGCAGCUUGUGACGCUACAUUGGGAUUCUAGAUAAUAAAAUCAGUAUUGCGGUAGCAGCAAAAGGAGUGGUCGAAUUUCGGCUACUCGGACAGGGCACUUGUCGUGCAGGAUAGGCAUCAAGGAUCCCUCAGAAAAUCUGUGAUGCUACGACAGACAUCAUGGCUCAUGCGAAACGUGCAUGACUACAGACUUGCACUCUUCCAGACCCAGACAUAUUUGCAAUUGAUGCGCCGUGAUCGUCGCCAAUUUGGUCACGCCGCAUUCCGGGGAUGUGAUGUCGGGAAAAAAAACGAGUAUCAAAGGCGGAAGCAUGCCCCAACCAUAUGCGGAAGCAUUUUUUACCUCUGUCGUGUAUUCGCAUGACAAGCAAAAAAGAUUUUUCUUCGCAUGAGCAAUCCGUUCCAAAUAUGGUAAGGAGAUGUUUUUCUGAAGGAUAGCGUCGGAGUUUCGCAAAACUCUGGGCGAGCUAUGUUGUGGGCAAGCGAUUUUUUUUUCCAGUGAGUUAAAAACUUUGAAUUCCUAUCAAAAAAGGUGUGCUUUUGCUGCACAAAAUGCGUGCGCGUCACAACCUAUUUAGUUAUGAGCUCACGCAUUACUGCAGUAACUAGGGCUAAAGCAAACUUGCUAGACAAAUAGGUAAUUUAAAGGCAGGACGAAUCCACGACGCAGCUUGCCUUUAAGCGAUCUAGUAGGUGCUGUCUAGCUACUUUGUGACAUGCAUACAGAACAGUACAGGUACACCAUUAUAGUUUCGAAACGCAUUACAAAACAGCAUGACUAUGUUGAGGCGUUUUCACCAUCUAGUAAAACUUUUAAUUCACCUGGAAAGAAAACUGCUUUCCUACACCAUACGAGCUAGCGAAGGACUUUCCCUCCGAAGGCGACCCGAGUGUUCCAGAUUUAACGCUGCUCCAGCGGUUGCCGCUCUUGUUCCGGGGCAACAAGUAUCCAUUGCAAACGUGUCCGGGCCUGGAAUGGUGCAGGUUUGAACUUGUGAUGCGAGUUGUAGACCAGACAAAAUCUUGCCAUGCAACAAAGCGCAUUUUGUGAUUUCUUCCAUGCCGGAGCUUCUGGGUCAUGCGAGAAAGCAUGACUAAGUCCGCAAAUUUCCAGACCCGGACAUAUUUGCAAUGCUGCAUAAGAGAUCCGUUAUUGCUGUCGCGGCCAUCAAGCAGGUAAAGAUUCUGAAGACCGCAUCCGAGUGCGAGGAAGCGGCGCGCUCGGGGUACUCCGAUCCCGACUAUGGAAGCAAGACGGUGCUCCAGUUAUCCACGACAAAAGCACGUGUAAGUCCGCACCAUAUUCUUAAACCAAACACCAGGCAACUGAUGCACUACCAGCGAAAAAAAAAUCCUUAUCAUGAUUGUUUUCUGAUUUCUGAAUAAGAAUAUGAUGCCAUCUACAUGCAGCUUUUCUUUUGGAUAGAAGUAUCUUGGUGCGAAGGACUACCAGUCGGCGAUGAAGAAACCGAUCUACGCGAUCGAAUUCGAAAACACGGUAGUGCUCCGAAAACCGGUCCCGAUGAUAUGCAUUUGUAAAAGCAUCGCUCUCGUGGCAAUUGGAAUCCUUGAGUGGCAGACGCGCACAGCUUACGCUGCUUGUGCGUGUUCUCAUUGUCGCUCGUAUUCGUUUCUGCAUGAGAAUAUGGCUUGGCUUUUGAUUCGGAGCAACAACAAACAUGAAUAGCAAUUGCUGCGGUUUCGAUGCCUUUUUGUUGCAUAGAUGGAACGUACCGGGAACGCGUUCCAAAACGUGCUGUGUGUGAAGCACCGUCCCGGUUGGGCCGAAGCCGCGAUCGAGGAGGCGACCCGUGUGGCGUGGUCCGAUGGGAAGGACGCCGAAGAAGAUGCGAAAUUGUCCGAGGAAGAUGCGAGUGAUGGUGAUGAAGAUCAAGACGCGAGAUUGUCCGACGGAAAUGAGCAUGAACACGAAUCCGACGAAGAAGAGUUUUGGGAUGAUGGUGUUGUCCCGAUGGAGAUCUGCUGA